UUUGUAAAUGAAGUUGAAUGAUCCGUUUGCAAAAUUGCAGAGAGAAAUCGUUUAGAAAAAUUUGUUCUUUUCGCUUUACAAUAUUUUGUUUUGUCUUCGGAAGACUGAAACCAAUUCCGACCAUUUCCUUUUCCCGGGAAGUUGGCGUAACUUGCAGGGAAUGGUGAGAAAAUUCCCAUUCUGAACUAGUCUGUUCUCCCUUCUCUGAUCAACUAUGCAUUUCCCCAAACAUGAGUUUCUUUAAAGGACUCGUCGACUCUCUGAGCUCAAUCUUGUCCACUAAUUACAGUGAAAGUCCCCCCAAUUCUCCGCCCAUGGAAGGCGUAGCCGGACCUGGAAUUGGCGCGUCAGUUUCGAACGAGCGCGUGGCUUACAAGCUUAAGGGUUUCUUUGAUUUGGCUACGGAAGAGAUCGACAAGGCAGUUAGGGCUGAAGAGUGGGGCGUAGUCGACGACGCCAUCAAACACUAUAGCAACGCCCAGCGGAUACUUGUCGAAGCAAGUUCUACUCCUGCUCCUUCUUUUAUCAGCGCCAGUGAACGAGAGAAGGUGAAAUCUUAUCGUCAAAAAAUUUCAAAAUGGCAGGGUCAGGUAUCUGAGAGAUUACAAACUUUAAGUAGGAGGGCAGGUGGUACAUCCAUUACGAAGAGCGGAUUGGUUCCUGCACAAAAAACAACAGUAGCAUCAAAAACAGUAAAUGCUGGGAAACAUGUUUUACCUAAGCCAACCGUAAAUGUUGGGAAACAAGUUUUGCCUAAGUCUACUCGUUCCAUUACAAGCAGCGCAGUGGUGAGGAAUCAAACAAAAAAUUCUGCAAACACGAAACCUGCACAAGAGUCUGGUGGUAAUUAUGAAGCUAAGUUGGUAGAAAUGAUAAAUACUUCAAUAGUGGACACAAGUCCUUCUGUCAAAUGGGAAGAUGUUGCUGGUCUUGAAAAAGCUAAGCAAGCUCUAAUGGAAAUGGUUAUUUUACCAACUAAGAGAAGAGACUUGUUCACCGGCCUUCGAAGGCCAGCUAAAGGUUUGCUUCUCUUUGGUCCACCUGGUAAUGGGAAGACUAUGCUAGCUAAAGCAGUUGCUUCAGAAUCAGAGGCCACAUUUUUUAAUGUUUCUGCAUCUUCCUUGACAUCAAAAUGGGUGGGGGAGGCUGAAAAACUUGUAAAGACUCUCUUCAUGGUUGCUAAGUCCAGACAGCCUUCUAUAAUUUUCAUGGAUGAAAUUGAUAGUAUCAUGUCAACAAGGCUGGCUAAUGAGAAUGAUGCAAGCAGAAGGUUGAAGUCAGAGUUUUUGAUACAGUUUGACGGAGUGACUUCUAAUAAUAAUGAUCUAGUAAUUGUCAUUGGUGCUACUAACAAGCCACAAGAACUGGAUGAUGCAGUUCUAAGGAGAUUGGUGAAGAGGAUAUAUGUUCCUUUACCAGAUGAUGCAAUUAGGAGACUUCUUCUUAGACACAAGCUCAAGGGCCAAGCAUUUUCCUUACCCAGCGGAGAUCUGGAAAGACUUGCAAAAGAGACGGAAGGAUAUUCUGGAAGUGAUCUGCAAGCUUUGUGUGAAGAAGCUGCACUGAUGCCAAUUAGAGAAUUAGGUGAAAACAUUCUCACUGUCAAGGCAAAUCAGGUAAGACCGCUAAGAUUUGAUGAUUUUCGGAAGGCAAUGAGUGUAAUCAGACCAAGCUUAAAUAAAAACAAGUGGGAAGAACUUGAAAAGUGGAACUUGGAGUUCGGUUCCAAUUGAAAUCCUUUGUAAAUUUUUAUACAUCGAUCUUGACUUUGCCUGACCGUAAGGUUUAAAGUUUAUUCUUUUAUUUGUAUAAUAUAUUUGACGUUUUUGUUCAAAAAAGAAAUAAAUAUAUUUGAUGUUUACUUCUCAA